UGUUGUUAAAUGGUUCGGAGGAAGAGAGGCUAAGAUCGAGGAGGGGAAGUAGAAAAAAGUCAAAAACCAAAAAAGGGCCACCCACGAAGGGGAGGGCAUUUCCUGCGCACGGUGAUACUCUUAACAUUUCUAAUCCCCUAGCAAGAGAGAGGAGCAGCCGACGCGUCCUCCUCCGCCCGUCGGACCUCGUUCUCUCCGUUAGCUCCGCCGGCAGCCUACUGCCAAUAAUAUUCUCCGGCGAGACUAUGGCAGACGAAGCUAAGAAUAAGGGAGCUGAGACUGCUCCUGAAGCCUGCUCAAAGCAAUUGUCGAAUGAUAAGGUGCAGAAUGCUGCUGAAGGAUCCUCAAGACAAUUGCCAUCUGAAAGUAAAGCUCCAGAAUGUUUGAAGCCAAAGCCUAAAAUUUUGAAGAAGAAAAAAGCCAAAGCUACUCCAAAAGGUGAGAAGAAAAUUAUUGUGAAGAAAAAAUCUGAACGAACAGGCAGCCAACCAAGUAGCAAGAAUGAGAUAGAGGAUGGUAAGAAGGUAGAUUCAAGGGAUGGAAAUGAACAGAGUAAUGUCACCAAUGACAAGCACAUCAUCAGUGGGCAACGGGAUAAAAAAAAGAAGCGGAGACUUGUUAAGCGAAAGUUUGCGAGUGUGGAAAAGGAACAGAACAAACAAAAGAAUGAUAAAUUAGAAAAGAGGUUGGGGAAUCAAAAUAACAAGGAAACACAUAGGGUGGAGGAAAACGAAAAGAGGAAAGAAAAGCUUGGUGGCUUAAUUUUCAUGUGCAAUUCGAAGACUAAACCUGAUUGUUUCCGCUAUCGAGUCAUGGGGGUACCGAUGACCAAGAAAGAGCUUGUGUUGGGUGUUAAACCUGGGCUUAAGCUUUUUCUUUACGAUUUUGAUCUGAAGCUUAUGUAUGGGAUUUACAAGGCAUCUUCGGCUGGUGGCAUGAAACUUGAGCCAGCUGCUUUUGGAGGAGCCUUCCCUGUUCAGGUGCACUUCAGUGUUCAUGAGGAUUGUUAUCCCCUGCCUGAGAGUGUCUUCAGGAAGGCAAUGGAGGAAAACUAUGAUGAGAGAAACAAGUUCAAAACAGAACUUACUGUUCAACAGGUGAGAAAGCUUGUAAGACUUUUCCGGCCUGCCGAAGUCCGCACGGGUGCUCCACCCCUUCAAUCCUCUACAACAGCUGUAAUAGUUAAGGAUAAAGGAGAUUAUGAGGGGGCAAGAGAAUCCUUACCCCAUUUGCACAGGGAACGACAUGCUCGAGAUGCCUAUAGCGACACUAGGAGUUACGCCGUGCUGCCUCAUGAGAGGGAUCAGCGCGUUCCAUACAAGGAGGUGGUAGCUGCAGGGAAAACAGAAGGUCCUCGUGAUGCAUAUCUGACCGAAAAGGAGUAUCGAACUUACGGUCUUCACAGGGAGAGGCAUCACCCAACUCCUCCGCGUCGUACUGCUGCUUUAGAACCAUACCAGAGGAAUCAUGAAGGAGAGCACCUUCUGAGGCAUGCACCCCCUAUAUAUAGCGAGACUGGCACUGGGCACAGGGAACCAGUUCGACAUAAUCCAUUGUUCCUUAAAGAAGAAGAGUAUCGAGUUUAUGGUUUGGGUGCUCGACAGGAAUUACCCCCCUCGAACCCUACUGCAACUGCCGCCUUCUCUUCAUAUGUUACUUAUGAUGGACGGGAAUUGACAUCGCCAGUCACUCCAGCUAGAGGAACUGUUUCUGCUAUAGGUUCUUACAGAAGGGAUCCCUAUUAUGCUCGAGAGUUUGGUGGUGCAUCUGCAGAUAUGUACUCACGGCCUCCCGGUAGAGAGGAAGUUGUUUCGGGAUCUUAUUCCCUUAGUGGAAGGCGGGAGAGUUACUUGAAUGAGGAUAACGACUCGCGAAGAAGAGAAAUUGAUGAAACAGAGAGGUAUUCGAGGUAUGCUUCGGAUGCUCUAACAGUUUACAACCGCGGACACUACUAUCAAGGGGGCCGAUCUGAAACCGGGGUGGCGCCAGUUUCAUCUCGAUACUCUUUUGCAGGUCCAUCGCAUCGCUGACUGUAGUUUGCAUUUCUCUGUUUUAUCUAUUCUGUUAAAAAUCUUGAUGCCGCCUGCUGAACUAUGAGCUUUAUGACUAUUAGGAGUCUUUAAUUUCUUGACACUAUUUUCUAAAUUGUAUUGCUUGAAUUGUGGAUUAAGAAAGGAUAAUUUCGGAUUUAGAAAA